ACUCUCGCGAGAUUUCGGUCAAUGACGUCACAGUGUUGCUAUCAAACAACUGUGGAAAUGAUGAACAGGUGAAAAUAUUAAAUUAUCAAUCAUUAUGGCAUCUGUGAUCAAAACGAGUGCAGGUGAGAGGGUCGAUUUUGAUUUUUUCGACACACCUAGAAACAAACUUGACGAUUCUUUGGAAUCGUUAAACGAGGACAACAGAAUUUUCGAAGUGCCACCGGAUGAAAAGGGCAAUGAAAAACAUGGCGACGUAAGCUUCAGGGCAAAAGAAAAGAAAUAUUCUAGUUCAGAAUCGAGUGGCAGUGAGGUUGACAGUGAUAUAGAAUCUGAAUCAGAUAUAUCAUACAGCUCUGGUGGCUCUACAUCACGAGUACAGAUUAAAAACAAGGGAAAGAAAAGUAUAAGAAAAGCAGAUUCAGAUAGUUACUCGAGCGAUUCUAGUGCUUAUUCAGAUGAAUCUUCUGGUGAGGAAAGCAGAAUCAUCGAGGAGGAACGAAAGAAAGCUCAGAAGAAGGGAUCAAGAUAUAACCGACCUGAUGACAAAUCUAAAGAAGCAUGGGGACAUGGGAUUGAGAGGAUAAAUAUAACAAAGAAAACGCCAUCAUCUGAAGAUCUGUCAAAUCAAAGGAAAGAUAAAAGGUCAGCUAGUGGUAAGUCAGGUUCAGACAGUGAAAUGACUGACGUUUCUCCUCUGCCAUCACCAAGAGAUUUAGACAAUGGACAUGUGCAAUACUCUAAUCAAGUUAAUCAUGACUCUGGUGAGGUCCAACUUCAAAGCAAGCAGCUGGACUUGAGCAUAUUAAUGGAAGCUGUCUCAGAAAUUGAUAAACAGCAACGGAUAAAGAGCAAUAGGAGGGUCAUGUUUGAGCCCCCCAAACCCCAGAGUAGUGAAAAGUCUAACUUCACUUUUGAUACUCAGAGGGUAAAGUUUAUUGAGAAAGAAAACCAAAGACUUUUGAAAGAAAUUAUGAGGCAUAUAGGACCAAAUCAAGGAAAGAAGAAGGGGCCACGUGAUCCUACACUCAGUGUGCAGCGCGUUACUCCCUCAGCAAUUAAUAGACAAAGAGAACAAAGGAGAAUAGAAAUGGAAAACAUGCAAUUCUUGCAAAGACUACAACACACAGGUCCCACCAAAGGCUUAUCACGAAAGCAACAACUCAAAGAUUACAAGCACACAUUGCUUCACGGAGUUCCAAUAGCAGCCAUGCACAGCUCACCUGUCUCAAACCAUACCUAUGUGGGCGGAAAUACAACCCUGGGCUCUACCAUGGGAAGCACAGGUCAAAGGUCAAGGCCAAGUAGUGCUAAAUCUAAUGCAAGCACAAUCAGGUCUCGCCCUGGGAGUGCAAAAUCCGUAGCCAGUAGCAUUGUUAGUCGCCCAUGCAGUGCAAAAUCCACUUCAAGAUCUAUCCAUAAUCGUCCUGCCUGGAAUGAUCGUUUUGCUUACUCUUAAGAUUUGAAUACAGAUGUAAUGUUGUAAGAUGUUUUUCUGUAUGCCUUUUCCCCUCCUGUAACAGAAUUUUUUAAAAAUAAGUGUUUGGUACAUGUAUAUAAAUAGGGGUGUGGAAUAUACCUAUGGUAUACCAGAAUGCUCAGAUAUUUUUGUACAAGGUACAGCUCAAUUAUUAUUAUGAGUAAGUUUAUUUUUAUGUAGAAAACUGCAUUCACUGAUUGUAAUAUAAUUAGUAAUCUUGAUCUGCAAGUGCAAAAUCAACAGCCAGUGAUGUGCAAAAUUUACUGCAAAAUCAACAGCCAGUGAUGUGCAAAAUUUACUUCAAGUGUCCACAGUCCCAAAUUGGAAUGACCUUUUCCUUAUUCUCAAGAUUUAAACAAAAAAUAAAAUUUCAUGUGUUGAACUACAUUAAAAAUGUUUGCCUUCAUGAUGAAAUUUUUUUUGUUUAUAUGUACAGAGAGAUGGAGAAUAUACUUGAAAAUGCUCAGAAUUUUUUUAUGAAUUGAAAGGUUCAUAAUGCAGCUGACUGCUCAAUUGUUAUCAAAUUGAUAAUGAUUAGGAAAAUGAUUUUGUAUUUACUGAAUAUUACAUGGUUUAUUGUCAACUGUUUCUAGUAUUAUUUUUAAUUUUUAAAGAGGGUGAACAACUCUCAAUGCAAUGAAGUUGUCUCAUAAUAUUCCAAAAUUUUUUUUUUUAAAGUUCCAGCAUUUGUUUUUGCAUUGGUUCAUUUCAUCAUGGUCAAAUUUCUAUAAAUAGCAUUUAUGUAGUUAUUACUUAGCUUAGUUUGGUGCAAGUUGACAUCUAGAAAGGAAUUACUUUUUGUAUGUGUAUUUUUUUCUCAUAUAGGAAAAUUUCCCCAUGAAUUCUCUUGUAUAAAGCAGUAUCUGAAGAUUGAUGUACAUUUUAUUGUUUUGUAUCUUAGAUUAAUCAAGUGCUUUUCGUAAGAAUUGGGUGUUUUUAUACAAGCUGUAAAACUGUUUACAGAAUUUGGAUAUUGUUAAUUUAUUUUCAUGUAAUGUAAGUCGAUAAGUCAUGUUAUAUGUCUUUCAUUGUAUAGGGUUGUCAUUGAUAGAUCUGAUAUUAAUUAAUAUGUUAUAUGUUAAAUAGUACAUGUAUUACAAAAUCCUUAAUUCUUUCAAGAUACAUUUAAUGAGAAUGCAUUGAACAUCACAGAUAUUGAAUAAUUCAAAUGGUAAGCAGUUGUAAAUUUAAAAACUGUGUUUUAGCUGCUAUCUAGAGUAAAUAGAUAACAAUCAUGCACCGAUAUGCAUAUUAAGCUUUAUUUGUACAGUAUUAUUAUUUUCUAUUUUGCUAAAAGCUAUGGACUAAUUAAAACUGUAUGGUUUGUACUUAAUUAAGACACAUGGGGUGAUAAUGGAAACUAUAUAUAAAUUCUGCAGAAUUACCACAAAAUAAAAAAAUACCUUGCUGUAAAAGUUUUGAUACAUAUCAUUUAUCAUGUUUUUUUUUUUAUGUAUUGAUAAAUAAAUCCUGAAUUUCUAUCAAUGAUGACCCUGUUUUAUUUUAUACAUUUUCUAAAUGUUACAAUGUGUUUGCUCAGAUAAGUGGUUGUCAGAUUCAGGUUUUGUGAUGUAGUUUACCAGGGUAAGGGACUUAACUCUGUAAAUAUUUUUGUGAAUAGAGUCAACUUUCAUAGAGAAAUGAAAAGUCAUUGAAUUAUUCGUCAUUUGUGAAUAGUCAACUUUAGCAAAGGAUUUUUCUUUCAAAUAAAAAAAUACUAAAAGGU